UCUAACUUGAUUUGGAAUAGUACAAUUCCUUUUUUUUUUUUCUUGCAACUGGUAUGGGUGAUUUUGGCGCACAAAAGAGAAUCGCCGUAACAAACCACCACGGUGAAAACCUCGUCGGAGUAUUACACGACGCUGCUUCCACCGCACUCGUCAUCGUUUGCCAUGGUUUUCAAUCAUCCAAGGAAAGGAUCCCCAUGGUGAACCUUGCUGGUGCUCUGGAAAAAAACGGAAUCAGUGCUUUUCGCUUCGACUUUGCCGGAAACGGGGAAAGUGAAGGUUCGUUUCAGUAUGGUAACUACUACAGAGAAGUUGAAGAUCUACGAGCUAUAGUCCAACACUUCCGUGGGGAGAAAUAUGUAAUUACUGCAAUUGUUGGUCAUAGUAAAGGGGGUAAUGUGGUUCUGUUAUAUGCCUCAAAAUAUAAGGAUGUUCAUACUGUUGUCAAUAUAUCUGGGCGGUUUAACCUAGCAAGAGGCAUGGAGAGUCGCUUGGGAGAAAAUUUUAUACAAAGGAUGAAACAAGAUGGAUUUAUCGAUGUUAAAAAUAAAAAAGGGAAGACUGUGUAUCGUGUAACUGAAGAAAGUUUAAUGGACCGUCUAAAUACUAUAACCCAUCUUGCCUGCUUAUCAAUCCCUGAAAAUUGCAGGGUGUUGACAAUUCAUGGAUCCAUGGAUGAAACUGUACCUGUAGAAGAUGCUUUAGAGUUUGCUAAGUUCAUAUCGAAUCAUGAACUGCGCAUCAUAGAAGGGGCUGAUCAUGAAUAUACUUCUCAUCAAGAUGAAUUGACCAGUUUAGUGUUGGACUUUAUCAAGGUUCAUAAUGAUAAGGAAAACAAUACAUCUAAGCAGACACGAUUCCGAAGAGUAGAUAAACCUAUCCAUUCACGUUUCUAAUACUUGCGGAAUAUGCGGAUCUGGUACCUCAUUUUAACCUAGCCUUCUUACUAAUAAAGAGGACAGACUCGUCCUAUUUCUUGCAUCUCUAGUGCCCACCAGACAGCCAAUAAUUAUUAGCUGUCAGAGUUAAAGAAAAUCGACCAAUAGUUUCUCAUUAUUAGGCCUCAACAAUUACACAUCUGACGAGAACUACCGCAUCAUCACUGCCAGGUUAUCAACCUGACAUUAUACUCUUGUUGUUAAAAGUUUAUGCUCUUCCAUUUACAGCGGAUUUUAUUAUCACAAGCGAGCAGACACAAGUAACAAGCAAUUGAAUGGCAACCACCACAACAAUUGAUCCUGGAGGCAAGGGCGGGGCCAAAUGUCCAACUCAUCUAUGCGAUUUGACCAGAAAAAAUUAUGACACCUACUUUAGUAUGACAAACAUGUUACUAAAUGCAGGAGGGGGGCACACAAUAUUUCUAUCUUACAUGCUAAAAACUUGAGAGACACAGUACUUUAUCAUUGCAUUAUCAAGGGAAAAUUUUUGGGGGGUCACUGUGCUUCCCCUUAGAAUGGCCCCUGCUUGGAAGCUGACUGUUUGUUUUACAGAGUUGAGAGGACAUGGUACCUACUACAGUACUGCUGUUAUAGAUAUAAUUUUGGCCACAACACGAGUCAGUAGAUCUUGAGGUCAAUAUUGUUUGGAAGAUUAAUGUGCCAACUUAAUCAAUAUUUCUUGUAGCUGUCACUAUAUAAGGAUGUAUGGAAAAGACCUACUUUUCCCUAACACAUUCAUUCAUACAUAAACAAACGUGAUUCCUCACUUUUUGUGUCUAUAGAAGGGAUAUGAUUUUUUUUUCUACCAUUAGGGAUGUGAUGAUUUGUUGUUGAGUAGCGAAUGAAACGAGUUUUUCAAUUCACCUUCAAAAUUCCGGAA